UCCCUCCCCGUGAACGCGCAGCAAGUGUUUGAUCAAACUUGUCGCCACUCGCCAGCUUUCUCGUAUGCCCUUAACGGGGUCAGCUUCUGUUUCAAAAUCUUCUGGAUCUCCUGGACGUUCAAUUAAACUUCAGCCUUAGUCUUAGUUUAUGUCACUUCAAUAUUGUGAUAAAAAGUUUCUAAAAAUUAGGUAGACUUUUCAACAAGAGAUUGUCGCUUCAUGGCUGGAUUUUAUGGAUUAACAUCAACGGCUGCCUCUUUAAAGGGCUGACCCAUGUGAGGAAGGAGAGUUUGUGCACACUCAAAGACACACACAUGGACACCAUGGCGUCUUUCUCCACCUUCAACACCUGUGGCUCCAAGGUGGAUCGGGCGUCCCAUCGUAGGGGAGAAGACAGGAAGGGGACGCCCAGUGACAGUGACUGCAGUGCUGUGCUUGAGAAGACCAAAGAGUUCUUCCAGAUUUGUGACAUAGAGAGCAAAGGCUUCAUUACUCGACGGGAUAUGCAGAGGUUAAAUGGAGAGCUUUCUAUGAGUGCUGAGGAACUUGAGAAUGUCUUUGACACUUUGGACACGGAUGCCAACGGAUAUUUGACCUUUGAGGAGUUCUCUUCUGGUUUUAGUGAGUUCAUGUUUGGCCCUGGUGUGACGGCAGUAGAGUCGCAUGCAGGUGACGAUCUGGUCUCAAGAAAGAGUCCGGAAGUGCUCUACGAGAGCCAAUGGGGGGAGAGAAUCAGCAGGGCAGAGGAUGAUGAGGAGAAACACUUCUGCAUGCUAAUGGAGAACCUGGGGGCGAGCAACAUCUUUGAAGAUCCAGGAGAGGUGCGGAGUCUUUGGGCCCAGCUCAGACGAGACGAGCCUCACCUCCUGUCCAAUUUUGAGGAAUUCCUUUCCAGGGUCACUUACCAGAUCAAGGAGGCCAACCAGGAGAGGACAGAGAUGGAGACUGCCCUUAAAAGGAAAGCGAUGACGCAUGAUGAUGAAAUCCAGAGGCUGUAUGAAGAAAUGGAGCAACAGAUCAAGAAUGAAAAAGACAGGAUACUCUUAGAGGAUUCUGAGCGGUUCUUGUCUCGCAGUCAGGACUUGGAGCAUCAACUUUCCUCUAAGGAGAAAGACCUGGAAAUUCUUUCUAUUAAACAGAAACGGCUGGAGAGUCAGUUUCGAGAGCUGCACAGCGAGCAACGAGAGACGGCCGUGGAGAACCUAAAACUCAAACAGUAUAAUGACGACUUGAGCCGUGAGCUGGAACACACCACCCAGGAGCUGAGCCUGGCCCAGGAGCAACUCAUGCUGCUGCAGGAUCAGUCCUCACGCCUGCACGAGGAGCGAGAGAUGGAGAUUUAUAGGGUUACAGAAAGCUUGCAAAGAGAAAGGGCAAGUCUUCUCAAGCAGCUUGAUUUGCUAAGGGAAAUGAACAAACACUUACGAGAUGAAAGAGACAUGUGCUAUCAAAAACCAAAGACUGCUGCUGCAAAACUCUCAUGGACACAAAGGUCUGUGAAUCACGCUGAGCGGAAGCAGUCAUUCAAGAGCGACGAGGAUGAAGAAGCUCUGCCGCAUUCUAAGCUGAAGAUCGUGAGUGGCGUAAAUGGGCACAGCAUGAACCUGGAGGACAUGAUAGAUGGGCGACCUCCUUCAAAACACCAGCUCCAGCGGAUCAUCUCAAUCGAGGAGGACCCCCUCCCGCAACUCCUUCAGCAGGGUUAUCAGGCCCAGCUUAGUGAAUGGAGUGAAGAUGAGGAGUUGGAGGAGGGCAUUGAUCUUCAGAUGAGCAAUAUAUACCCCACAACCAGCACUCCGACUUCUGUUUCACCCCCUCUAGGAGUCGCACAGACGCCCACCUCACCCAGGGGACAGCCUGUGGGCAAAGAGACAGUCCACUCGGAUGAAGGGUCCAGUUUAGGUCCAGAUCGCUUGUUUAAGAUCGUUCUGGUUGGGAAUUCCAGCGUGGGAAAAACGUCUCUUUUACGUCGCUUCUGUGAUGACUGUUUCCACUCUGGUACAUGUGCUACUGUAGGUAUUGACUUCAGUGUGAAGACUUUAACAGUUGACAACAGCCAGAUAGCCCUGCAAAUGUGGGACACAGCUGGCCAGGAGAGGUAUCGCAGCAUCACUAAGCAGUUUUUUCGCAAGGCCGAUGGUGUGGUAGUGGUGUAUGACAUCACUAGUGAGCAGACUUUCACAGCAGUGAGGCAGUGGCUGACCAGCGUGCAGGAGGGAGCAGGUGAGGACAUUCCCAUCAUGCUCUUGGGGAAUAAGACAGACCUAGACAGCGAGAGAGUAAUUCCGCUGGGAACGGGAGAGAAACUAGCCAAGGACUUUCAAUUGAUCUUCUAUGAGUGCAGUGCUUUUUCAAGUCACAAUGUGACAGAGUCCAUGAUUCACAUGGCAAGAGUUCUGAAAGAACAAGAGGAUAGAGAAAAAGAGAAAACUGUGUCGCUAGUAGACAACGCAGCUAAGAAGAAGUCCUGCUGCUAGUAGAAAGCCUUCCAUAAACACCCACAGAAACCUUGGUGUUAAUGCUGAUCUGGUUUGUCUUGCUCUUAUCUUAUCUUCCUGUUUUCUCUAAUGUCAGCAUUUUUGUACGAACACUGUAGAGUUAAAAAUGUUUGGUCUUUUUUUUUUUUUAUAAACCAGUACCUCUUUACAGUGUGAAACGAAUUGAGUUUUAUGAUAACAGUUAGAUUUAGGGCUUUAGUGCACUAUAGUAUUGUACACUAGAAUUCAUCAAAUGUGUCCCUAUUAAGGUCAUUUAAAACACCCGUCACACUAUUGAAGUAAACAAAAUUGUAUUUUUGUAUUGAUUGUUGUUGUACUUUAUCUUUUUAAUAUAAAGGUCUAAGAAAGUGUAUUUUAAAUGGGCAAAACAAGCUCCUACAGAUGCUAGUUUGUUUACAGUCAUUUGCACAAAUGUAUUAUUUAUUACUUAUGUGAUGGAUUGAACAUUUUGAAUUAUUACUUUAUUAUUCCUAGCAAGCAGACAUGGAAAAUGUUUCUCUAUUUACUCUCACCAGCAUGAAUAUUUUUAACACACUGCCAUGAAGCAAGCAGGUGGUUUACAUGAGGAUUCGGUUUUUAACAGGGUUCAGUGUUGUUUUUUAACUCCAUUAAACAAUUGAUCUAUUGAAAUAGAUUUGGUCUAACAUUGAUUUGAGAACACUUUUUGAUUGUAUUUCAUGUAUUUUGCCAAUAGUAAUAUGUCUGUAUUUGUAAUUUAAUGUAGUCAGUGUUAAAUCAGCGCAUAAAGUCUCGCAGAAUUUAUUACUCUCACAUUUAUCGUUAAUAAGUAUUGCCUCACAUUUUUAAGGAAGCAUUAAUUGUCCACCAGACAGUGGACUUAUGCACAUCUAAGAUGAACAAAAAGGCUUAUACUGUGUUUUAUCAAGUCGUUCAGUUUUUCAGUAAUCACAAUAUGAGUCUGCAUGUGGAUUCACACAUUGAUUCUCUAUCACAGCUGGUCAGAAUACACUAAAUUUGAACACCAUGUGAAUGUUUUAGAUGAUUUCACGCUCAUGAGGUCUUGUAAAUGUUUCUGCUUUAUUGUAUACAUGUGUAAAUAUUAAAUAGAAAUGUAUUUUGAGUGAAAUGUUGGAAUAAAGAAUACUAUGUUUGCAUUAAUUCUAGUUUGUGCUUUCAAGGUAAUGGCAAGAGGAGGCAUUACAUGCCAGCUAACAAUGAUACACUAAAACAUAAGAAUUCAGAUAUUGGAAAGGCGUUGUUCUGAAAGCUUAGCCUGAGGUUGAACUGGUUAAGCCGGUUUUACACGUUUAAAUAAAGCAUUUAAAUGUUUAAAAUGCG